GCCUGACAGAACAGCCUCUGGCAGGUCCGGAUACCUACCCCGCUUUUCUUGCGUUAUAUUGCUUGAAUCAUGAAUGCUUAGCCGCAUUCAAUCAGGCAACCAUAGGGUACAAUUACCUGUCCUCUAUACCUAGUCGAAGUUCAUUCGCCGUUCAAGGGAUCACACUAUCCUCAAUUUGCCUCCUUAAUGUUCUCGCCUCAUGGCUCGUACUAAGCAAACAGCGAAACGCGUUGGGAAACGUUUAAUAACCUGGACGCGGUUUCACCUACCGCGGGAGCAGGAGUGGCCGAUGUGGUCCGUAGACCACGCUGAUAUUCAUGUUGGCCCACUUGCGCGCGUGGAAGGUUGCUGUAAGGCAUCACUGGGAAGAAUGGUCGAGAACUCUGAGCAGGCUGCCUAUAUCAUUGAAUGGUCUACGCUAGAUGACUUGAAGAACUUCCAGUCCUCUCCUGCCUGUGCAGAGUUUCUGCGAAACCUCCCCGAAUACGACAACUCACAAGUCUCUAUUGAGUCCGGCUCAGCACUGAGGCACCUGACUUUUGACGAUGCCUCCUCGUCGUUACCGCCGGCGCCGUCGCGCUUCCUUACUUUUAAACACGUUACUGAGGCUGUGACAUCGCAGGUGGAGGGCCGCGUAACCAUUACUGCCUUCUUAAUACCACGUAAAGUCGACAACAUAAUGACGAUAUGGAAUGACAACUUUAAAAGCGUAUUUAGUUACUUCAUCCCUCGCGGCUCCCAGUUUGUAACUGGCCGUAAAGGUUUCUGGUUUAAAUCUUUAGCCAUAUGGUUCUGGGUACUUACGGAAGACUACUGGGUGGAAAAGAACUUUGGGAAGCUGGAGCAGACGCAGGAAGAUAACGAGGGUCGGACAAUCUUCUGCCACUUUCACCUAUGGCCACGUAAAUUUGGUGCCACUCCGGAGCACGAAGAGGCAUCGGCAGCAGACCCACAGGCAAGGGAGUCGUGGAAUCAGGCCAUAGCGCAGGUGAUGCCUCCGGCUACGGCCUGGGAACAGGAGCGUUGGGACAUUCGGGAAGUGCCGCGUUUUUACCCCCGGGAGCCCGAGUGGGAUCCGGAGUUGCCUGUGGAGUAUCAAAAAGAGCAAAAAAGACUCAUGGAGGAAUAUCUCCAAUUCCAUGGCUUCAAAGUCGGUGAAAGGUCGUGAUGAAGCUAUGGCUCAACCAUAAGAGUCGGCGGUAGUUUGAGAAAUUUAUGUUUUGGGUGUGUCGGGCUUGAACACAUCAAUAAUAGCUCUUCUUCUUUUGGAGUCCAUAUAGUCUUUUGAGUAUUUACUUUGUUUCUACAACUGAAGAAGUAUGGAAGCCAAUGCUUGAAUACGUCACACUCUCGCUAUGGUGACGCUCUAUUGCGAAACGGUGGCAUUACCGUCGUUGGUGAGGCUAGAAAGUACUGGUGAUAGUGGCAGAAAUUAAUUAAUUAGGAAGGUGCCAUCGAUGCAAAAGAAGAAGAAAAAAAGCGUUUUUUAUUUGUUGUAUUGGAG